UAAAAUUUAAUAUAUGUAACUUCAUCAAUAAAGCUAUUUUUAAAACUUUACAACAAUUUUCUUAUAACGCUAACAUAUUUAAGCCAGUUGGAUUUGUAACGUCAUCCGCAGUGAGAGAUAAAAACGUCAUUAUAAGACGUAGCCUAUCGUAAAUCAGCACGGGACGUAGAGGGAAUUAUAAGGGUCGCCGCACACGUAUCUCCUCCGUGCCGUAGACAUCGCCUGACGUCUACGUUUAUCUAAAACUGCACAUUGCAAAGCAUCGUCAUAGCAUCUACUAUGGUAUUUCCUCACUAUCGCACAGAAAAAUGACCGGGAUGCGGUUUUGUACUUUAGGCUGACACUUCGCCAACGUCUCAUUAUCGACUUUGUCACCCUAGUUGUUGCCCCAAUAAUCUGACCUGACUUGUAAUCAACUAAAUCAUGAGAGUCAUUCUACUCUAGUCCACCCUAGUGCCUCCAAAUUUAAGUGAAUGAAGCGAGGCGAUACCAGGGCAAAAAUUGUGCGGAGAACCUAAGGCAGUGUAGGGCGCGGCGGCGCUGGAAGCCGCGAGCUACGGGGCGCGUGCGCGGGGAGACGCGCCGGUGCGGGGCGCGGCACAGCCUCCCGGCUCCUGCACUCCGCCGCCGCCCGCCGCCCGCAUCGAUCCCGCAGCCUCCGGCGAGCCGGCCAUCAUCGCGCGCGACACGAACGCGCGCCGCACGCGAACUUCGCGCGUCCGCACGCGUACACUCGCCCGCUCCGAGCUGCACGCGCCCUCUAUAUACCUGACCACACUCACACAGUAAUGAGAGGCGUUGCGGUCGAGACAUAAAUACGGGCGCCGUCGGUCAGUGACAAGUCCGUUUUACAAUGGCUUCCGAAAAAGAAAAAAUGGCAGCGGCCGAAACGAAGUCGCCAUCCAACAAAAGCAACUGCGCCUCACCUGGAAAGAAAGGUGACCCCGACGAACAUGGACUACCCACGGACAAGAAUAAAGGCUGCGACACUAACCUUUAUCUCUAUCACGAAGAGAUCGAGGACCGACCUAGAGCAGCCACGUUCCUCAGCUCGCUAGCGGACUAUGCGAAUACAAUCCCCACGGCAUCCGCCGCAGACCCAGAUGCCCCCAAGCCAGCCCCACCAGCCCGCAUGGGCACGCUCAUCGGCGUGUACCUGCCUUGCAUCCAGAAUAUCUUCGGUGUGAUCUUAUUCAUCCGGCUCACCUGGGUUGUCGGCACCGCUGGCGCUAUACAAGGAUUCCUCAUUGUUCUAACCUGCUGCUGUACGACGAUGUUAACCGCAAUAUCAAUGUCUGCCAUCGCAACGAACGGCGUGGUGCCGGCGGGGGGAUCGUAUUUCAUGAUCGGUCGGUCCCUGGGGCCGGAGUGCGGCGGGGCGGUCGGCAUGCUGUUCUACACGGGUACAACCCUAGCGGCCGCUAUGUACAUCGUUGGAGCUGUCGAAAUCGUACUGACUUACAUGGCACCGUGGAUAUCAAUUUUCGGCGAUUUCACUAAGGACCCAGAAGCAAUGUACAACAAUUUCCGCGUCUACGGAACCGGUUUGCUCCUCAUUAUGGGGAUGGUUGUUUUCGUUGGAGUAAAGUUCGUCAACAAAUUCGCUACUGUCGCUCUGGCCUGCGUCAUCCUCUCCAUCACCGCGGUAUAUGCCGGAAUAUUCGUCAACUUCUAUGGAAACGAUAGCUUACAAAUGUGUGUACUCGGACGCCGCUUGCUCAAGGAUAUUCAUAUUAGCAAUUGCACAAAGGACCCAAAAGGCGAACUGCAUGCAAUGUUCUGUCCCGAUAAAAUCUGUGACCCCUACUACGAAGCCCACAACAUAAGCAUUGUGCAAGGAAUUAAGGGUCUCGCAAGUGGGGUUUUCUUCGAUAACCUCCAGGACUCGUUCAUUCAAGAAGGUCAAUACAUCGCAUACGGCAAGGAACCUGACGACAUUGAACAGAUGGAGAGACCUACCCACAAUCAAAUUUACGCGGACAUCACUACGACUUUCACAAUUUUGAUAGGCAUAUUCUUCCCUUCGGUGACCGGCAUAAUGGCUGGUUCAAAUCGCUCCGGAGACUUGGCCGAUGCUCAAAAGAGUAUUCCAAUUGGAACUAUUUGUGCGAUCCUCACCACUUCCACCGUCUACCUCUCGUGCGUGCUGUUAUUUGCUGGCACUGUCGAUAAUUUGUUACUCAGAGAUAAAUUCGGUCAAUCGAUUGGCGGGAAAUUGGUCGUUGCGAACAUGGCGUGGCCAAACCAGUGGGUGAUUCUGAUCGGCUCAUUCCUGUCGACAUUGGGCGCGGGACUCCAAUCUCUAACCGGUGCGCCGCGACUACUGCAAGCCAUCGCCAAAGAUGAAAUCAUUCCUUUUCUAGCUCCAUUCGCAGUCUCUUCCAAACGAGGAGAGCCUACCCGGGCCUUACUCCUGACCAUGGCAAUCUGCCAAUGCGGCAUCUUACUCGGGAACGUCGACAUCUUGGCUCCCCUGUUGUCCAUGUUCUUCUUAAUGUGCUACGGAUUCGUGAACUUGGCUUGUGCUCUUCAAACUCUACUGAAAACCCCGAACUGGCGUCCUCGCUUCAAAUACUACCACUGGUCCCUUUCCCUUGCCGGUCUGACACUCUGCAUCUCCAUCAUGUUUAUGACGUCCUGGUUCUACGCGCUCAUCGCGAUUGGCAUGGCGGGUCUCAUUUACAAGUAUAUUGAAUAUCGCGGUGCUGAAAAGGAAUGGGGUGAUGGUCUCCGGGGUUUGGCUCUGUCGGCUGCACGCUAUUCCCUUCUUCGUUUGGAGGAAGGUCCACCACACACCAAGAACUGGCGUCCCCAAGUCCUCGUUUUGGCCAAACUUAAUCCCGACCUGAUGCCUACCUACCGCAAGAUGCUCGCAUUUGCCAACCAACUUAAAGCAGGGAAGGGACUGACGGUGUGCGUGUCGGUGCUCGGCGGGGAAUUCCCGAAGCGCGCAGGCGAGGCGUCUACGGCUCGACAGAACCUACGGAAAUGUAUGGACGAUGAGAAGGUCAAAGGCUUCGUUGACGUGCUCGUCUCACCGAAUGUUCCCGACGGACUGAGCCACUUGGUCCAAACGACGGGUCUGGGCGGUCUGAAGCCGAACACUGUGAUAGUGGGGUGGCCGUACGGCUGGCGACGCGCGGAGGAGCCUGAGCCGCGACACCGCGGGUUCCUGCACACCGUCCGUGCGGUGGCCUCGGCUCGCAUGGCUCUCCUCGUACCCAAAGGCAUCAACUUUUACCCUGACUCUACUGAAAAGGUAUCUGGCAAUAUCGACAUCUGGUGGAUCGUACACGAUGGUGGCAUGCUGAUGUUACUCCCGUUCCUGCUGAAGCAGCACCGCACCUGGAAGAACUGCAAGAUGCGCAUCUUCACCGUCGCUCAGAUGGAAGACAACUCUAUUCAAAUGAAGAAAGACCUCAAGAUGUUCCUUUACCAACUCCGUAUUGAAGCUGAAGUUGAAGUUGUUGAAAUGACUGACAGCGAUAUAUCGGCCUACACAUACGAGCGCACCUUGAUGAUGGAACAACGCAACCAAAUGCUCCGCGAACUGCGCCUCAACAAACGGGAGACAAUGGGAAUGAUGCAAAAUUACGUGGACUCGAAUGAAAACGCUGAGGAGAAGUUGCCUCUGGUACAGGCCAUAGUGGAUCACCAUCACGCCGACGUGAAGACCGCUAGCAAGGUUCGGUUCGCGGAGCCCAACGCUCCCCCCGCAUACAGCGAGGCCCCCUCGCCGCCCCUCGCCGACAACGAAGAGAAGGAACGAGACGAUAAGUCGCAGUGUGAAGGCGCCAACUCCCCGCCACCCGAAGACAAACACAACGAUGCCACUGCCAACGGAGACGCUGUUAACGCCAUGCCCACCAUGUCUGACAUCACGCCUGACGAAGGCACGGUACGUCGGAUGCACACAGCCGUGAAAUUGAACGAGGUAAUAGUGGCGCGGUCGCACGACUCUCAGCUCGUCAUAUUGAACUUGCCCGGACCGCCGCGUGACACCAGCGUCGAAAGGGAAUCCAACUACAUGGAGUUCUUGGAAGUGCUGACGGAGGGCCUGGAGAAGGUGCUGAUGGUGCGCGGCGGAGGACGCGAAGUGAUCACCAUUUACUCGUGAACGGCGCUCACAUGCCAAGAUCAAAUAUCAAACCUCCUUGUGAUUUUCGUAACUAUUCGUAGAAACUGUGGUUUGAAAAUUCUAACGAUUUUUUUUUUGUACAUACGAGAUAUCCAUCGUCUACUUCGGAUGAGAUGUAAUUUUUGACAAAGAUCACUCACAAAUUAAUCUGUUAGCUAUAAAUACUUCAACUGUCCGUUCUAUCUUGGGCACCUCUUUGAGUGAAUUUUAAAUGUUAAAAUUUUAUAUGAGGUCAAUCAAUAUACAUAAUAUUAUGUCUGCGUGAUAUUAAAUAUUCCGUUAAUGAUGUCGACUCGCUCAACAGUGACGAUGGAUGUAACGUAGAAAUGUACAGCUCGGCGUGGAGCGCCCUCUACUGUGAAGAGAAGCGUUUGACGUUUGUCAAGUUGGCACUACGCUGUCACAAAUAUCUUUGUAUAAAAUUUGCAGUCACAAUUUCGACAUAAAUAUAUUAACGAAGGAAAAAGUGGCAAAAAAAAAAGAAAAUCGCGCCUGGUUUCAUUUGUCGUUCAUCUAAUCCUUCACGAGAUCUCAGCAGAUAACUUUUGAACGAAUUAAGUGGGAUAUAAUUUUAUUAUUCUAUAAAAAUUUUAUAACAGUAAAUGGUUAUUUCGAAUAGUCAGACAUUUAAAAAAAAUAUCGCGACACUAGUUUGUUUUAAGAACGCAUUGAACAAAGAAAUUUGGGCCAGUCUACUUUAGCCUACUUCUACGACGAUGGUAAUACGUUUUGUUGAAUUUGCUGUUUAGACUAAUGUUGUUUUGGAAUUUAUUGACUGUUGUGUAGAUAUAAAUACUUAUAUGUAUGAGUCUGAGGAGCCUUAUCUAUCGUUCGUUAGCACUAAGUUUGUUCCGUUAUAAGUUAGACUAGCUCAGAGUUGAUUUAGAUGUCUAAGCAAUCCUUCGGUCACCGACACGCCGUUCAAGUGUCUUGUAUGAAAGUGAUCGUUUUAAUACUUUUGUAUUGCUUUACGUUGUUAAUAGAUUGUUUGUGAUAUUGCACAGUGGUGACUAUCGUUACAUUUUUUGACUUUUUAAAACGUAUUUUGUAAAUAAUAUUCUGUUUUAAGACGACACCUGCUCAACUUAAAAGUUAACGCAUGAGCACGUCUUGUGAUCGCGUGUUGCACGUAUAAAAUACUAUACUAAUUCGAACAUUUGACAACUUUACAAAGUAGGUCGGAUUAUCGAAAAUCAAAUCAAUUCUAGUCAGUCUUCGGUGUCAUACAUAUAAAACAUCAUAAUGAAUCUAGUACCCAAAGUAUGUCAUAAAUAGAUGGUCCGAUUCUUCGAUUUCUUGUUUGAUCGAUAUCACUCUCUCUUAAACCUGACAGGUUUUAUGAUGAGUAGAUACUUAGGAAAUAAUUCAAUCCUCUCAGUAUUUACAAAGUUAAUUAUAUUCAUGAUUAAGACUACCUAAUCACGAUUUAUUAAUAUAAUUAGAAACGAAAAAUACAUUCUAGAUAUAGACAAUGUUUAGUAUAAGAUUAAUCUCCAGUUGCGAUUGACUUAGUAACUAAAUUUUGUGCGCACACUCGCGUAGUUAGAUGAAGACAUUCUAUAAUCUUUUUAGUUUCUAUUAGUUUAAGUUUCGUAUGACGACGAUAACGAGCUGUAGACACAAUAAACUAACAAUGAAAAGGCUUUGAUACCGUUCAUAGCCCAGUUUUUAAGCAUCGUGGAUUUUUUUGGUAAUCUUUAAUUAAUUUGAUUAAAAAUACAUUUUCCUUGAGAUAUCAGCGUUUGCAUAAAAAUACCGUAAUAGUAUUUCCGUUUAAUAAGAUCGCUGAAACAUCUGCAAUACGUAGGGAUACCAAAUAAAAAACAAUAUGGUGAAUUGUGAUUUUAAAAAAGAAUUUGUCAAUUUUUUUUUUAAUAUUCGUAGAAUGUUAUCCACAGUUUUAAAUAUUUGUAUGAAAUAUCCUACUGCAAAGUACCUUUAUAGAUAAAAAUGUCGUACAGUAGUUGGUGUAGUCCUUAAGUCUCGUGACAAUGAUAAGUUCACCACAUAGGCUAAUCAUGUUUAUCAUUCAAUCGUAAUCAGUAAAUUAGAUAUAGAAAUAUUAUAUUUAAUAUUUUGACAUUAUUCUCCUAAUAUUAUGUCUGAUCUAAAUACUAAAACUAUCUGGAAUCUGAAUACAAAGAUAUAAACUAAAAUAUAUAAAGUGUGAUGUUACCAUCCUUAAAUGCUCAGCGAGUAGGUGUACUUUGGCGAUUACUUUAUUCAACUAGACUCAACUAUUACAGAAACUAAAGCCUUUGAUCGUGAUUAAAUGAACAUAAAAUGAUUUUGGAUUUAACCUAAAAUGUACCUAAGAAAUGAAUUGGCAACACUACCAUCAUUUAAUAAAAAAAGUAUUUAAUACCUAAAUAAUUCUAAAUUAUAUUGAUGUUGCUGAAUGAAUUUACGUUUAAAGUUUAUUUAUCACUUAGUGAUGUAAAGAACAGUGUUUGAAAAAUAGUGAGCACAUAUCUUAAUUUCCACAUAAAAAUAUAUUUUGUGUAUUAUUAUUAAAACUAUUUAUGCCUAUUAAUAGGUAAUCGAAUUCUAUUUAAUUUUAAAACAACUAUUAAUUUUUACGGCAUUGUAGGUAGAUAUUAAAAUCUAAAAUUUUAUUAAAGUGUUUUUUUGAAUUAAAUAAAAACAUUCAAAUAAUGUAAAAGUUCAGGAGCUUUGAUAUUUCAAGUCUUAGUUUUAUCGAAUUUAUCUAAAUGUAAACUUUACAAGCAUUUCGUCUUAUAAAAUAAACGAGAAUUAAAUAUUUAUGAAACUCAGAAUUAACGAUGUUCAUUUAUAGAAAAUAAAUAUAAAGAACUCACAUACAUAUAUUGUGCCAAACGUUAGCGUUUCUCAGAUGCAGUAAAUGUACUUAGCUAUAAUUAUUACCCAGCUUCCGAAACCGGAACGACGAUAAACUACCCUUCCGAACGGAAACGGAAAACCAUAAUGGACCUACUUAACAUUUUAGUACCUAUUAAAAUAUUUCGUAAAACUGCAAUGCUCGUACAAAACUGGAAAGACUAGAACUGACUUACUUAAUUCAAAAUCCAGUGUCAGAAAUUAUGGACUACCGACUGUUUUCAUUGUCAGGAGCGGUAGUUCCAACCCAGCAUCACUGGUGCUUAUGUAAUACUACUUAAAUACCUGUAACAGUUACAAAACACCAACAUCAUCAUAAGCACAUACUGCAUAUAUAUAGUUGAGAUUAAAAUAGUUUGAAAUCGAGUUCGAAAUAACUAAUUUAACGUUUUAGAUUUAGCUACUAAAUUGUGAAACGCCUAAACUGACCUUGAAAGCUUUGAGAUUAGAAAUCUAAUUUGAUACCCUUCGAUCGCGAAUAAGCCCAGUCUUAGGACCAGGCAAGACGUAUACCUAGUGGCCAACAGCAGUCCCGUGCUAAACACAUAGAAUCUAAGAAGUCCCAAACUAAUGCAACGGAAAAUAAUUGGCGACUGUAUUGUGUCAAGUAAUUAAUUAUUAAUACUUAUGUAAUUAUAAAAUUAUCUACUUUUAGAUUUUAGGCUGUGAAUCAGCAUAAACACAUUCUUAAAAAUUUAAAAUUAUUAUUCAAGCUAGAGUUGCUGUGAUACACGAUUAUGGCUAUAAAUUAAGGAUAAGUCAUUUCUGGCCGCAGCACAAGACGGUGAUGAACGGAGAUGUCUCCCGUCUUCACAACCUAACGACGCCGUGUUGUAUUGUUUGUGAUUUCACUCAAUAUUCUAGACGCUCAUUUAACCACCCUUGGUCGACUCUUUGGAAUUUAAAAGAGUAUGUAUUCAAAUUUAAUAUGGGCUUUACUUUCGCUGUUCAUUUGUAAUCUAAUUACUGUCUCACUUAUAAAGUUACAUUUAAUCAAGGCUGUCUGUACUUUGAAAUAUUUGGAAAGAAUUAAAUUUUAUAGAACAUUAUCUCUAACAGCCAGCAAUGCGUUUGUAGGGUCUCUCUGUAAGACUUACGCAUUUUACACUACAAAAUUAUGAGUUCAGGAAACUGUUGUUUAGUCGGGCAAUAAAAUACAUUAAUCCUGUUAGAUAGAAAUCGCUGAGCGGUAUGCUAGUUCUUUGAGGUUUAAACACUUUCAUCUGGGUCAAGUUUUUUAAUAGAAAAUGUAUUUCAAAUAAUAAAAAUUUAAUAAUUAAAACUUUCAAAUAAUAAUUCUAGUGAAUUAGUCAAUGAGUAAUUAUUAUCUGUAAGAUGUUAUGAGUAUAAUGAAAUAAACUACGAAUAAAAUAA